AUGAGUCUUAUGAAUGAAAUGAUAGAUAAUGUUAAAAAAUUAGUAAAAGAAAAACAAUUUAGUGAAGCUAUUAUUCAGGCAGAGAGUUUAUUUGGUUAUCAGGUCUGUGAUUACAAUUUAUUUAUGUUCACUGCAAAUGCUUAUCUUCAAACUGAAAAAUAUGAAAAAUGUUAUGAAAUGUUAAAAAAAGGUAUUGAUAUGAAGCCCGAAAAUAGAACAGGUUAUGUUGGAAUUUUAAAAUUAUAUACAGAUAAACAUAUAUCUGGAAAUGAAGAGAUUAGAAAAUAUGUAGAAAAAUUAGUAAAUUUAGACUCCAAAGAUCCUUUAAAAAUUGAAGCUUAUGAAAGAACAUUAAAAAAUUUAUACAUUGAAUUACAAGAUUUUGAUUCUCUUAGUCAAAUAAUUGAUAAAGAUCCAAUGAUUGUAAAAGAAUUAUUCAAAGGAAAUUUUUUAAGUAAAAUGUCAAAGGACUUUUUUGUUACUUGUAUUAAAAAAAGAGGAUUACUGUAA